AUGUCUAUAGAAGGGUCUAUGACGGAAAGCUCAGCCUCCAAUGCCGAUAUCCUUUUGUCACAAGCACUUGCGGGUUCGCAUGAGUGUUUCGGUAAGCUGCUGCACCUGUAUCGAAACUACUUGAACCUGCUGGUGAUGACUCAGUUGGAGCAGAAGCUGCUCACCCGUGUGAGCACCUCGGAUAUCCUUCAGGAAACCUUUCUCGAGGCGACCCGCGAUUUCGAGAAGUUUCGCGGAUCGACGAGCAACGAGUUUUGGGCCUGGCUGCGGAAAAUACUGGUCAACAACUUGCAUCGAGUGGUCGAGCAACAUGUGCUAACACAAAAGCGAGAUGUGCGGAGAGAAGUUUCAAUCGAAGCCUUGGCCAAUUCGCUCGAGCAAUCGGCCGCCCGACUGGAAAGCAUUCUGCCCGACCCGGGUGAAUCACCCAGUGGAAACGUGCAGAAGUUUGAGAUGGAAAUCAAGCUGGCCGACAAGUUGGCGCAACUGCCGGCAGACUAUCGCGAGGUGAUCGUGCUGCGAAAUAUCGAGGCACUCCCAUUUGAAGAGGUCGGCCUCCGCAUGGAACGCUCUGCGGGGGCUGCCCGCAUGCCCUGCGAGAAGACAUGCGGUCGUGAGACGUGUGAGAUGAACGACGUCACCAUGAAUUCGCCGAGAACUGAAACUGGCGAAGUUACUUCCAAGGAAGAACUUCUGGCCAGGCUGCUCGACGACUACCUCUCCUCGCUCCAAAGCGGGGCCCCACUCGACUUGGAACGCCUGAUCGCCGAGCACCCACAACUGGCCGACGAUAUUCGAGCCUUUGCCGAAGGGCUGGAUGUGCUUCACCAGGUGACACACCAGUUUCGUUCCACCGCAAAAGACCGCCCGGAGACCGACUACGCCCGUCGAUUGGGCGACUUCGAGAUUGGCGAUGAAGUCGGUCGCGGUGGCAUGGGCGUGGUUUAUGAAGCGCGGCAGAUCUCCCUUGAUCGCAAAGUAGCACUGAAGGUGCUGCCAUUCGCGGCGGUGUGGGAUGAGAAACACAUCGCCCGGUUCCACAACGAAGCCCGCGCGGCAGCCCAGUUGCACCAUCCGAACAUCGUGCCCGUGUUCGCCGUGGGUGAAGAGCGUGGGGUGCAUUACUACGCGAUGCAGUUUAUCGCUGGGCAAUCGCUGGAAGAGGCCAUUCGCGAAUUGCGUCGCGAUGCCGAGGCCAACCAGCCCACCACCGACUUCAAUGGGGCUCCCAGCGAAACUCGAUUGGCGGUUACCACGAAGCGAGUUGCGAAGCCGGGCAGUACUUUUUCAGAGCAGUACUCCAAGAAUCGCGCGGCCUAUUUUCGCUCAGUCGCACAACUGGGCAUUCAAGCGGCAGAGGCUUUGCACCAUGCCCAUGAGUACGGCGUGUUGCAUCGAGAUAUCAAGCCCUCGAACUUGAUGGUCGAUCAUCUCGGUAAACUGUGGAUCACCGACUUCGGGUUGGCACGGGUUCAAAACGCGCCGGGAAUUACUGUCACGGGCGAUGUCGUCGGAACUCUGCGGUACAUGAGCCCCGAACAGGCUGCCGGCGAGCACACCUUGGUUGAUACUCGCACCGACAUUUAUUGCUUGGGGGCAACGCUUUACGAAUUGCUCUCCAUGCGAGCCGCCUUCCCAGGGCAGAAUCGGCAUCAAGUGCUACGAGCGAUUGGCAAUGACGACCCGAAGUCGCCACGAUCGCUCAACCCAGAUGUACCUGUCGACCUGGAGACGAUCGUUCUGCAGGCGAUGUCGAAGUCACGCGAAAGUCGCUACACGACCGCGCAGGGACUCGCAGACGACCUGAACCGAUUCCUGCAAGGCAAGCCAACACUCGCCCGACGACCGACGAUCGCGGACCGCACCGCUAAGUGGCUGCGUCGGCACCGACUGGUGGCGGCUUCUGCGUUGUUUGUGCUGUUGUUGCUCACAACGUUAUCAACCGUGGCUGCAGUGCUGUUGGCCAAAGAGAAAAACAAGACCGAAGCGGCCCUCGAACUCUCUCGAACGCACUUGGUCCAGUCGCAAGAGAACUUUCAGCAGGCUCGCGAUGUGGUCGACCGCUUCGGAAUUCAGUUGGCCGACCAAUUGCAAGGCACCCCUGGCACAGAGCGCCUGCGGCAACAGUUGCUGCUGGAAACAUUGAACUACUACCGGGGAUUCCUUGAGAAGAUUGGCACCGCAGACGAUCUGCAAGAACAGAUGGCCAUGACUCACCUCAAGGCGGGUGUCGUCACAGCGAAGCUUGGCGCGAGCAAUAAGGCAAUCGCCGAGUAUCGAACCGCGCAACGGAUUCUGGCCAAGCUCAUCGAACAAGACCCCGAGAAUGCUGAACUGCGGUCGCAACUUGCCCUUUCGCGUAACUACCUGGCAUUGCUACUUGCUGCACAGGGAGACUCCGAUGCCGCACUCAACGAAUACGAACAGGCCAUCGAAGCACAGCAGCACUUAGUUGCCAGCCACGCUGAGAAUGAGACCUACGCCGGGCACCUGGCCGAGAGCCACGUAAAUCGUGGAACGCUGCUGGGCCAACUUGGCGAAAGUGCCGCCGCAAUUCAAUCGUUGACCCACGCCGUGACCAUUUUGCACGAGACUGCCGCGGCCGCUCCAGACGACCCUCAACAAGCCCGAAACCUGGCGGUGGCGUACAACAAUCUGAGCUACAUCCAACGCCCGUUAGAUGCAAAUUUGGCCGAAAAGUCCGCCGUGCGGGCCGUCGAAAUACUUCAGGGCUUCGCCGAAAGUCCCGAAGUAUCGGAAGGCGUUCAGGCCGAUCUCGCGCUGUGCUACAGCAACCUGGCUGCUAUCCAAGCUGCGGAUGAGCGGACAGUCGACGCCAUCGACUCGUAUCAUCGUGCGAUUGAACUUCGCGAAUCGCUGUUGCGAAAGUCGCCCGAGGUGGUGCAGUACCGCAGCGAACUGGCGGCCAGCUUGAACAACUUGGCACUAUUGGAGAUCGCGACCGAGGACAUUGCCUCGGCUGUGGAGUCGUUCCGUUAUGCGAAUCAUCUCUUCGCCGCUCUGAUGGCCGAUUUCCCGGAUCAGGUUGCUUACGCAAGUGGCUGGGCCGCACUGUUGAACAAUCAGGCCCUGGCCUUGGCUCGCAUCGAUCGGCAUGAAGAUGCCGUGGCGGCAUACGAACAGGCGGUGGAAGUACAACAACGGGUGAGUGCCCAGCUUCAACCAUCGGAAGCAGCCCGACAGACGCUCAGUCGCGUGUAUUACAACUACGGCCAAUCGCUACAGAAACUCGGUCGAUUCCAAGAGGCCUACGAACUCGCCUCCUUGCGCCGCGAGCUGUGGAAAGAUCAUGGCGAGCGGUUGUUUGGUGUGGCCGUCGAGCAGGCUCACAUUCUUGAACAAAGCGACAAGGCCGACAUGCCUCUCGACGCUUCAAUAGCCCUCGAAACCCUUCGUGAGGCGUUGGAAGCCGGCUAUGAGCCUUCGAACGAACUAUCGCACGACCCGCGACUGGUAUCGCUGCAAAAUCUGCCGGAAUUCAAGACAUUGGUUAACAAACACCUGAAAAGUGCAAGUUCCCAUGAGACCAGCGGAGCCGAGCAUGCCCCAUAA